AUGGGCUACUCUGUGACUACACCACCCGGUCCGCCACCCAUUCUCUACAACCACCACCACCCGAACCCGAAGUCCAGUACACACUUGACCCGACGCUCCCUCCUCCUCUCCGCCCCACUCUCCCUCACCCUCCGGCCACCACCAUCGUCCGCUGCAGCAUCUCCUCCGCCACCCGACACCACCAUUACCGACCGCGUCUUCAUGGACUUCAGUCUCUGCCCCACCUACUUCCGCCCCUUAUCCUCACCCGACUCAAAACCCGUCCUCUGCCCCGACUCGCUCCCGUUGGGCCGGCUCGUCCUCGGCCUGUACGGCCACUACGUCCCCCUCACCGUCUCCAACUUCAAGUCCAUGUGCACCUCCUCCGCCUACAAGGGCACUCUCGUCCACAAGCUUUUCCCCGGCCAAUUCUUCCUCGCCGGCCACCAAGGCGACAAGCCCGGCGACGUCCGCCGCCCCACGGGUCUCGCCCGAAACACCGAGACCGUCGAUUCCAAGGCCUUUGCUCUGACCCAUUCCCGCCCCGGCCUCCUCUCCCUCAACCUCUCCGAGAACGACGACGAAGACGACAUCAAGCUCGACCCGGAUUACCGAAACGUCGAGUUCUUGGUCACCUCUGGGCCCGGCCCAUGCCCCGACCUCGAUUACAAGAACAUCGUCUUCGGCACAGUGCUCGAAGGUUUGGAUGUUGUGACGGCCAUUGCUGCUAUACCUACAUACAGACCAUCUGAGAAAAUACAGCAAUUCAACGAUUUUGCAGAAUUUCUUGGGGAUGAGAGAGCGAUGAAUGCUCGGGCUCUGUGGAACAAGCCUCUGAAAACAGUGUAUAUCAGUGACUGUGGUGAGCUUAAUGUGGCAAAGCCUUCCCUUUCUCCUCCUAGUCUUCCUUAA